CGGAGGCGUGGCCGCAUGUGGGCCGUCGUGGGCCAAGCCCCGGACUCAGCGUGCGUUGCCUUGCCGGUGCGGUGCGGGAUUCCAAACCUAGGACUCUGCCUCUCCCACUGCAGCCAAGCAAGCACCGCGCCGCCGGUCCCCUCCCUCUACUCUUCUCCCACCUCUCCGCCGGAUCCUCGCUCCGCCGCCGCCACCCCUCGUCUCUCUAGGUCUCGUGUUGUGGAGAUACAUCUGGACGCGGAUCGGUUUUCUCCUGUUGGUCACUGGUACCUUACUAAGUUCAGGAAGAUGAGCAAAGGCCCAGUUCCGUUCGGCAACAUCGGGAAGAGAGCAAAAGAUCUCUUGUACAAGGACUACAACUUUGACCAAAAGUUUUCUUUGUCGACGUCUAGCAGCUCCGGUUUGAAUCUCACGGCCACUGGUGUGAGGAUCAAUGAAGACUUCAUUGGUGAUAUACGGACACAGCAUAAAAGUGGUAGAACCACUGUUGAUGUCAUAAUUGAUAGUGAUUCUAAAGUGUCAACCACAGUCACUGUUGAUGAAGCACUCACUGGUUUGAAGACUUCAUUCAGCUUCAAGGUUCCCGAUCACAAGUCUGUUAAGCUUGAUCUGCAAUACGCUCACAAUCGUUUUGCAUUGAAUUCAACCAUUGGUUUGACAUCAGCACCUUUGGUUGAGCUGGCUGCAACUGUUGGCACGAGUGAACUUAGCUUUGGUGCUGAGGUUGGAUUUGACAGUACUUCAGCUUCUGUUACCAAGUACAACUCGGGGAUCGGAUACAACAAACCGGAUUUCUCUGCUUCUUUACUAUUAGCUGAUAAAGGGGAGACUUUAAAGGCGUCAUAUAUUCACCUUUUCAAUCCGACCAAUGGUGCUACAGUGGCGGCUGAGGUAACACACAAGCUGAAAACAAAGGAGAACUAUUUCACCAUUGGGAGCUCCCAUGCCCUUGAUUCUUCUACAUCACUUAAGACGAGAUUCAGCAACUCUGGGAAGGUCGGACUUCUCUGUCAGCAUGAGUGGAGGCCAAAGUCCCUCGUGACUCUUUCAGCCGAGUAUGAUCCGAAGGUGGUGCGUUCGCCUUCAAGAUUCGGCGUGGCCAUAUCAGUCAAGCCUUGAUGAGUCCGACUUAUCUCCUGUAAAACAGUACAAGCGUCACAUACUGUCUCCAAGAACAUAAGCUUUGGAGCAAUACCUAGAACAGCUCUCCCAUUUUAGCCUUUUUGGAAACCGUCUGGGAGUUGGACUUGUUUUGUGGAAUGCUUCCAUCAGAGCCAACUCCACACCGAGAAUUGAAAAUACAGAGGUUUGUAUUAGAGCAGAAGCUUUUACUCUUUGCGAUGUUUUUCCCUGUUUUGCUAUUCAAGGCAAAUUGAUUUUGGGGGCGAUUAAACGCCUAAGGGCUUGUGAUCAUGAGGAUAGUUGACAACUCUGAUGAUAAUGGGGACACUUGUACCCAGCGACCAAGGAGUAAUUACUGGGAUUGUUCCCUAUUAGUCAUUGAUUCUUUUGCUGAAA